CCUCCUCAGCACUCGAGUCUUCACCAGCUAUGGCGAUGUCGAGGACUUCUCUGCCCCGCAUACCAGCAACGGCAUCAUAAUUAGUUGCAGCCUUUCUAAUCACGUUUGAAUUCCCACACUUCCAGCACGGAUGGUCGGUAUCAUCCCUACUGCGUCUUUUGCACAUGUUUGAGGUGGCUUUUUCGAUUGAAUAUGGCUGUGGUUUGAGCUUGGGGCGUGAAGAAUCGGAUGAACGCCGUGAUUGCAGAUUGUUUGUAGAAGGGUUUGGUUUGUAGGUUUUUGUGAGCUAAGGGGAGCAGGGACGAUUAGUGGAGUAGGAGGAGAAGCCGAAGGCUUAGGUCUGAUGGCUGACUUCACGACGUCCACGCAUCGGAAGCGGUGGAUCCUUAAUCCCCAUGAUCUGACCAGAAAGUAUCAAGCCGCGAAUCAAAGGGCGGUGGACGCUCUGCACAAGUAUGGCGCAACUAGAGUGGAAGUACAACCGGAUGGGAGCCUGACCUACCCUGGUGCUGGUGGAGAUGGAGAAAAUGGAAGGAAAGGGCCCUUACCAGAGCAUUUAUCAGUUGAAGAGGAGCUCCUUGUUCGAAGAUUCUACGAGAAUAAAAUUCAGCAAGUUUGUGCAGCUUUUAGACUUCCUUACAAAAUUCAGGCAACAGCUAUAAUGUAUUUUAAGAGAUUUUACCAACAAUGGUCUGUCAUGGAGCACGACCCCAAAAAUAUUAUGCUCACAUGUAUAUAUCUGGCAUGUAAAGUAGAGGAGUCCCAUGUUUCUGCCGAAGAAUUGGGAAAGGGUAUCCAGCAAGAUCCUCAAGUGGUUCUCAAGAAUGAGAUGAUUGUAUUACAAGGUCUAGAGUUUGAGCUCAUUGUUUAUACUCCUUAUCGUUCUAUGGAGGGCUUCAUCUAUGAUAUGGAGCCUUUCGUGCAACGAAUGGGUUCCGCUGGCUUGGAAGCAUUGCAGGAGUUACGAGCAGUAGCUGGACGUGUUGUGGACAAUAUGAUGCUUACAGAUGCACCUCUACUGUAUCCUCCUGGCCAGUUAGCGUUGGCUGCGCUUCGGAUUGCCAAUCAAGAGCCUAAGGUGGAUUUAGACGGAUAUCUUCAAGCUCUCCCAGAACAUAAAAGUCUGCAGCAAUCAUACGCUGAAUUGAUUGCUAAGCUUGAUGCUAUUCAGUUUCUGGUCAAGGGGACUAAACAGCCCGUAGAAGCAGAAGUGAGGCACAUCGACCGCAAGCUUAAAUAUUGUAGAAAUCCAAGCUUACAAGAUGAGGCAAAGAGCAAACGCGAGCGCAAGAUCAAGAGAGGCAAACGACCGCCUAGUGAUGUUUCAAUGACAAAUGCCGUGGAUGAACCUCUAGAUCUUAAUGUGGCUCAUGAUGCUAAAAGAAGGCAAAGCGACGGAGAUGCGUUAAUAUAGAUCAAAGCUCUGGGGAAGGGAAUUCCGCAGAUAUGUUCCUUGUCCCCCGUAUAAUGAGGGCUGCUCAAGCCAAGGUGAGUAUCAUAUCAUCGAGGAAGCUGGUGAAUCUAGUUUCUACACUACAGUGGACCGGAGGAAAAAUUCCCAUAUAUUGAAUUUGUAUGAAUAUGGAUUCCUCAUAUUCUGCGUUAGGACUAAUAUUUCGUGAAUGUUAAGUAAUUUCAAUUCUGUAGGUCAGACACUUGAAUCAUGUCUUGAAACCUAGAAGUAUAAACUCUAGAUAGCAGAAAAAGAUGAUCUUUGUGAUGGCAGGUUAUGCAAAAUGGCAUUGCUUUUAGGAAGAGAGGACUGAUUGAUAGAAGAGGGUAAUCAUUAUACCCUUUUGAAGUGAGGUUAGUGAAUAAAGCAAAUAUAGGAAGCCAAGUGCAGAAACUGCAUUUGCUGGCCGAUGUCCUUGACUUGUCCAGUCUCGAGUGAAGCUCUCGAUAAAUUUUGCAUUAGGAGUCAUUUCUUGAUUUUAUAUGAAGUAUUGGCUCGUUCAUACGUUCGAACAAGCCUGACAGAAACAUGUGUAACGUGUACAAAUGACUAUACGUUAACAAAUUUCAAGGGACGUGCUGUGCUUAGUUGAUUAAA